AUGAACCUCAAAUUUACGUUUUUCAUAUUAUUUAUUACUUAUUUGAAUCAUUUUGCUCAAGCUGAGGAUGAAAAACCAUCACCAGGAGAAGAAAUGGUUGAUCGUUUGGCAGUUAAUUUAGCUGGAGCAUUUGUAAAAAGUAUGUUUCCUGAAAUGGAUAGAGCCAAAACCACGCAAGCUCCAGCAACCCAGCCACCUCCUCCAGUACAACAAGUACUUCCGAAUGAAAUCAGAAGAGCUCCAGUGAAUCCUUUAUCAAGCUCAUUAGAUGGAUAUUCACCUUCUUUUGCGGCUUCUGAGUACAACGCUAUCCCACAAUUAAGCCAAGCAAAUGAAUCCCCAAGAAAUCCGUUCAGCUAUCAAUCCCAACAGCCAUCAACAUAUUCUGUUAUGCCACAGGCUAACAGAAAUCAAAUGGCUCAGACGCAAGCUGCCGGAUUGGAUGGUUUAGGUGCACUGGCCUACAGUGGUAUAUCUAAUCCCGAUAUUGCCGGAAUGCUUUCUGGAAGCGGAGGAACUCCAGAAGCAAUAAAUGCUGUUAGAAACCGUGCAUACUUGGCGGAACUUGCUAAGCAUCAGCAGGAGUUGAAUGCUUACAGUGCGAAGCAAAUGGAAUAUCUUGACCAACAACGCCGCUAUCAACAAGCCAUGAUUGAUCAUCAAGCCGGCGCAGCGCUUUUAAUGCAGAAACAGCAACAAGAGAUAAUUGCGGAACAAAUAAAGAAAAUGAAACAAAGCUACGAACUUCCCAAUGAACCAGCCAAAGGAUUUGAUGAGAAUGAUAAUACCGUCGGUGGAAGAGUUUUGACUGCUAGAGCUAGAGGAGUGAAAACCAUGAAGGUGCCAGUAAACAAAAAGUUUGAGGACGACGACGUUAUCGCCACUGAUGAAUACCUCAAAGAUUAUUUCAAGCAAAAGUACAACAUUGACAUUCCUGAUGAUGUUAGUCAAUUAUCGAGUGACGAAAAGGCCACUUUGAGAGCACUAAAAAAAGAAUUGUCUAGACAGAAAGAUAAGGCCAAAGAAAAUGGCAUUUUCAAAACGAUGGACAAAAUCAAAUCGACAAUGUCAAAUGGACGAAGCUCGCCAACAAACAGUUUCCCGAAUGAGGCCUGUGAUCAGUGCAUUCCGAUGACGAUUAAAGAUAUGAGAGGGGCUUGGACACAGAUCUAUGGAAAUCCGAAGGUUGUAAACAAGGUUUUUGGAACAAUUAUGAGCCUUGAAAAUUUGAAAUCUGCUUCUGGAUCAGCUAAAAUGACCAAAAAGAAGACAACAUGUGUGGGAAUGGAAGUUGGAUCCUCCGGAGCCAGAAAAUCUUCAAAACUCAACUUGUUCUUUAGAGAUUCAGAUGAAGGGAAUGAGUUGCAUGAGAUGCACGGAACAAUGUCAGUUCGAGACAAUAUCAUGAGCAUCGAAACAAAUUUGUAUAGAACGCAUAUGUGUCUUGUGAAGGCCGGACCUUCGGAAUCAGACCGAUAUGAAUAUGUUGUUCUCGCUGAAACGACAGGAAAAAAUGCUUGCAGAUCAUAUCAUGUAUUUGUACGAGAUACUGAUGAAUUCAACAGAAGGCACUUUGAUGAUGUUUCAGAAUUCAUGAAAUCGCAACGAGAUAUGUUACCACUUGGAGCACUUCCAAAAUCAUCACUUUGUGAACUUCACACUCCUUAA